GACCAGCCCACCCCAAGCAAAAUCCUAAACCCGCUAGCCCAAACACACAGAGGAUGGCUGCUGAAAGCAUCCAACACCACCGAGAAACAACCGCCGAAAUCCUUUCAACCUUCACUAGACCAAUCGUCGAUGAACGACAGAGGAAGCGGACUAGAGCUCCAAAACACCACCAGCUCCAGCAGACCCCCAGCGUGAUGGAAAAAAGGAAAAGCGCGAACCCCAAUGAGGGGAACCAAUCUUCGAUCCAGAUCCGAGCUCCACCAGCACGAAACAAGUAAAACAAAGAGCAAUCCGAGUCUUGGACAGAAGAAAGACGACCAAAACACCUCCGAUCUGAGCCCUAAGCUGGUCCCAUCCUCAAUAGUGCCAUCCAUGCUCACAAGCCCCCCUGAAUCUUCAUCAAAGACAGCCAGUGUCCACGCAUCUCCGAUUCAUCCCCAUUUUUGGAUGAAACAUGUGGAUGUAGAUGGAGGACCAGAGAGGAGCAAGCAAACAGACGAGCUCGGCACCCUGAAAGACCUACUAGAGAAAACAUCCACACAGAUCGGCGAUCUGGCAGGCGCAAAAGCAUCUCCUCGUGGAGAUCGGAAAAUCAUCAUCACUAAGAUGGAGGAAAUCUUGAAAUGGAUAAUAAACAGCAAAAGAGCAGCGCCAGCGGCGUGAAAUAGAAAGAAAGAAAUACUAGAGAAAGACAAAGCACCAAAAAUGGAAAAAGAGAGGCAAGAAUGAAAAGGUUUGGGCCACCGCCGGUCCAAAAUGGUUGCCGACGGCCACCCCAAAUCCCAGAUCUGUAUUUGAAACUAGUGAGAGGGGAGAGGAAGGGAAAGGUAGAGAGAGGAAAGAGGAAUAAUGACGUUGUGUAUUG